AUGAAUGAUUUGUUGGCUCAAUUGGAUGAUUUACCUGAUGAAAUUCUUAUGUAUAUAUUUAAAAAAUUGUACAAUGAUGAAGUGCUUUAUUUUUUAAUGGAUGUUAAUCAACGACUCAAUAGAAUUCUACAUGACAGAGUCUUUACUCGUCGUUUAUGUUUACUAAAAUAUUGUCGAAUCGACAAUUCUACCAUUCCAUUACCAGACUCAAUACUUGAUCGAUUUUGUUCAAAAAUUUUACCUAAAAUUGGACAUCAAAUUGAAACUCUUUAUCUUGAACGAACAUCGAUAGAACGUGUUCUUCAUGCUACAAAUUAUAUUAAUUUAAAUAAACUUGGUUUAUGUGAUAUUCACUACACAGAAGCUAUGUCUCUAUUUACUGAAUUACAUGUCACUGUGGCAAAUAUGGAAGACUGUCUUUAUAUACUUGAUGGACGUUUUGAUCAACUUCGUAUACUUUAUGUUACUUUUUAUGGUAUCUUUCUUGGGUUUUUCAACAUUGAACAUAAGGAAAAGUUAUUACCGAACUUACGGAUUUUUUCUUUGUACUGCAAGCAGCAGACACAUGAUUUUGAUGAAUCAAUUGUACCACUUCUACGUCGAAUGUUAAAUUUAGAAGAACUUGAUUUAAAUAUUCAAGUUAAAUGUUAUGAAAAAUUUAUUGAUGGUGAUACAUUGAAGAAAGAUAUUAUUAUUUAUAUGCCACAAUUAUAUAAAUUCACAUUUAAUAUUUGCUCAAUAAUUAAUCAUCGUAAUCAAACUAUUUUUCCAUUAAAUGAAGAUAUUCAAAAAACUUUUAAAUAUUUUUCUAAUAAUGAAAUAAUUACUUGUAUUGAUCACUUCCAAGAAGAAGGAUGUAGUCAAUGUCAUAUUUAUUCAUUUCCAUAUAAAUUGAAAGUUUAUAAUAAUAUAACAAAUAAUUUUCUAGGUAGAUUAUUUACUAGUGUUACUGAAGUAUCAUUAUAUGAUGAACGUCCAUUUGAACAUGAAUUUUUUCUUCGAAUUGCUCAAUCAUUUCCAUAUAUGAAAGAAUUAACAAUAAAUAAUCGAAAAGCACAAAAUAACAAAAAAUUAAUAAAAUUAAACAACGAUAAUCAAAUAUUGUCAAUUAUUGAAUAUCCAUAUCUUACUCGACUUAAUCUUAUUAAAACUCAUGAUGAUUAUGUUGAAUUAUUUUUAUUCGAUACGAAAAUAUCUUUGCCAAAUAAUCUUCAUCUAUGUGUCGAUUAUCAAUCAUUGAAAAGAGUGACAUACGAUUUUACAAGAUAUAUAACACGAAAUCAUUCUUCAAAACUUGCUGCUCUUUAUUUUUCUCCAUUGGAUCAAAUCGAUGAACAUAUUAAAAACUAUUUUCCUCAUAUAUAUAUGUUCUUUUGCUGA